GUCUAUAGAAUCUGCCAGGCUUUUUCCCUCCCCACUAUGCUUAUUACUUGAGUGGAGCUCUGACGUUCCUUCCUUCCUCUGAUCUGUUCUGUUCCGUUCUGUUCUCUCUCUCUCUUUAUCUCUCUCUCUCUCUCUUACUCACUAAUUCUCCCUCUAUCGCUUUCUCCCUAUCAGUCUCCUUCUAUCUCUCCCUCUGUGUUUGUGCUUGCGUGUGUGUGUGCCAGAGGAUCUGAAUCUAGGGGGGGUUCAAAUUAAGCAAUCUCUCUCUCACUUACCCAUUCUCUGUCUAUUGCUUUUCCACUCUCGUUCUCUCUCCGUCUCUCUAUGCACUUGUGCGUGUCAGAGGAUCUGAAUCAAGGGGGGUUCAAAUCAAGCAUUCCGUUCUUUCUCACACCCAUUCACAUCCAAGGAAAUAUGUGGCUAUCGGUGGUCUUGCUUCUUUUUGGAUUGUCAGCCUUGGUUCAGGUGUCAGUGCAGGGUCCACACCAGCGGUAUCUGCUGAAGGAAUUAUUGAAGGACUACAACCGCAUGGAGCGGCCAGUGGCCAAUGACUCUCUUCCCCUCACCGUUAAUUUCUCAAUGAUCCUCGCACAGAUUAUGGAUGUGGAUGAGAAGAAUCAGGUCCUCACUACCAAUUUAUGGCUUCAGAUGCACUGGUAUGAUCACUAUCUCCAGUGGAACCAGUCAGAGUAUCCUGGGGUCAAGAAUCUGAGAUUCACCACUGACCAGGUCUGGACACCUGACAUUCUUCUCUAUAACAGUGCGCAUGACAAGUUUGAUUCCACCUUCAAGACCAACGUUCUGGUCAACUCCAGUGGCUUCUGCCAGUAUCUCCCACCUGGGAUCUUCAUGAGCACGUGCAAUGUGGAUGUGCGCUGGUUCCCCUUUGACAUCCAAAGAUGUGAGCUGAAGUUUGGCUCGUGGACCUUUGAUGGCUGGUCGCUGGACCUGCAGAUGAGUGAGGCUGACACCUCUGGGUACAUGCCCAAUGGAGAAUGGGACCUGGUCGGAGUUCCAGGAAAUCGGAAUGUGGUGUACUACGAGUGCUGUAAGGAGCCGUACCUGGACGUGACGUUCAUCGUGACCAUCAGGCGCCGCACGCUGUACUACGCCCUCAACCUCCUGAUCCCCUGCGUGCUCCUGUCCUCCAUGACGCUGCUCAUCUUCCUCCUCCCUGCCAACUCCGGAGAGAAGAUCUCUCUGGGCAUCACUGUGCUCCUCUCGCUCACUGUGUUCAUGCUGCUGGUGGCGGAGAUUAUGCCGGCCACGUCAGACUCCAUACCCCUGAUAGGUCAGUACUUCGCCAGCACCAUGAUCAUCGUGGGCAUGUCCGUGGUGGCCACAGUCGUGGUGCUGCAGUACCAUCAUCACGACCCUAAUGGAGGAAACAUGCCUAAAUGGGUGCAGCUGGUUCUGCUCCACUGGGUGGCCUGGUUCCUGCGGAUGAAGCGUCCCGGAGAGAGAGGGGAGCCCAGCCACACCCCCUGUGCCCCCCACCUGCGCCGCUGCUCCUCAGGCUCCCAAAACAGGAGCCUCCCCAACCCCACCGACCGCUCCCUGCACUCGCAGAACCUCACGCCCCUGAAAGCGGGCCUGUCCUACCUGGGCCACACCCACAACUCCCUGCCUCACCUGCACGCUCAGACCAGCGCCAACAACAACAGCAACCUGCUCUACAUCGGCUUCCCGAGCCUGGAAGACCCGCCCCUCAUCGCUGACCACGCCCACAGGACCAGUACCAUCAGCCGGAAGGGCGGGUCCGGCGGACUGGCCGGAAGUCCCCCGCCGCCCAGCCCCAACCUGGACGCCAUGGGCUGCUCCAGCACGGUGUCUAGCGGCUUCGGCCCGGCGGUGGGGGGCGGGUACCUGGGGGCGUCCCACCCCGGCUUGGGUGACCCCCAGCUGCAGGCCAUCCUGGAGGAGGUGCGCUUCAUGGCGGACCGCUUCCGGGAGCAGGACGAGAGCGGCGUGAUGGCGGACCAGUGGAAGUUCGCGGCGGCCGUCAUCGACCGGCUCUGCCUCGUGGCCUUCAGCGUCUUCAACAUCAUCUGCACCAUCUCCAUCCUCAUGUCCGCACCCAACUUUGUGGAGGCCAUGUCCAAGGACUUCAUCUGAGGGAAAACGGAGUGUGUAUAUGUGCGUGCGCGUGUGUGUGUGUGUGUGUGUGUGUGUGGGAUGAGGGGGUUGACAGCAACAGUGGAGCUGCUUGGCUUUAUCUUUCCCUGAGGGAAGGGAGAAAGGGAAGGUACUUCACCACAGAGUGAGGAAGAGAUGAAUAGACAGUGGAGAGGUGAAAUAAAAUUAAUAGCAAACAAAGAGGCAGAAUAGCUAAGCAACCCUUUGGAAAGGACAGAGAGGUACUGGAGACAGACACAAGGUGCUUUUUUUCGUGACAGACCAUACGCUGAGCCGCCUCUAACCAAAGGCAGUACAUUCCGGAGGGGGGGAGACGCUGGUGUCCCAGAUUCAGACACGUUCUUCGCUACAUUCAGCCGUGUAAUUGACCAUCCUUCUUCGUAUGAUUGUGUUGACCAUUUGUGAGUUGAUCAUUAGGAGCGAUCCAGAGGAGCCAUGGGACUGUGGUGAUUCACUAAAUCCUUUUAGCACCGGGCUACCCUAGGACCAGGCUGGGAGUCAUUGUCCAGCAGUGAAUCAGUUGACCAGAGAUUGUGACUCACUCGCUUGCAUUAGUUUGUACUCUACAGAUCUGACAGAUAUUGUUGGAACACAUUUGGCAGCUGACACGCUUUCCCCUCUCUACCUCUGAAUCAACAUAUUUCCUAUAAUCUCUCCUUUAAAAAAAAAAAAAAAACAGAAAUGUUGAAUGUGUUAUCUCUGAAUUUGCAUCCAAAAAUAAAUUUAAAAAAAUGUUUAUUUUCUAG